AUGCCAGGACGAGUCUCGUCCCGGUCCACCAGGACCUCUGCGGCCAUCUCGCAUAAAUCGUCAACCCAAACAUUGAACUCGCGAGCAUCGACGACGUCGAGAAUCUCUACCCCCCAUAUAGAUGUACCGGAGGAGACAGAAGACAACGAGUUACGAAGUCAAGUAUCCAGCAUUUUCCGUGAUGCCCAACGAACGACAGCCUCACAUCGCAAACUAGUCAUAAAUCUGCGGAAACUACAGGAGGCGUGCUGUUACGAACCGACUAGCGAGAAGAACAAGAAGACAGGCGCGGAGGAUUUCGACGAGGAGCAAUUUACGGAUGAAUUUAUAAGAUGCGUGCUGAGGGUUAUGCCAGUCAAAAAGAGCGAGAGUGUAGGAGAAAAGGUGAUUCGAUUCAUUGGGCUUUUCCUGAAGCACGCAAGUGAAAAGGACAACGAUCUCGUACCAGAGGAUGCCGAUGAAACGGGCGUCAUGAUUGAAACCCCUAGUACUCGACUGACAACACAACUCAUGACAAAAAUACUCCCUCUAUUGACGGCCAAAGAAAAGUUUGUACGCUAUCGAUCGACGCAGCUCAUUUCGCAUAUUAUCAACUCUUUGGAAGCUAUCGAAGAUGACCUUUUUCAACUUUUACGACAUGGACUUCUCAAAAGAAUACACGACAAGGAAGCGAUGGUGCGAGUCCAGGCCGUCCUAGGUUUAGGUCGGCUUGCAGGAAACGAAGCCGAAGGAGAGGCGGAUGACAGUGAUGAUGACGAUGAGUCUGGAGCUGGACUUCUUGACAAACUUCUGGAAGUUCUGCAAAAUGAUCCAAGCGCAGACGUGCGAAGGUCAUUACUUGUCAACCUUCCUAUAUUACCUAACACGCUUCCAUUUUUGUUAGAGCGUGCCAGAGAUCAAGAUGCGGCAACACGGCGAGCAUUGUACUCGCGUUUGCUUCCUUCCCUAGGAGAUUUUCGACAUCUGUCCUUGUCAAUGAGAGAGAAACUACUUCGAUGGGGCCUCCGCGACAGGGACGAGAAUGUCCGUAAAGCUGCUGGAAAGUUGUUCCGCGAGCGCUGGAUUGAAGAUUGUGCUGGCACUGCGGACGUAGAGGAAGGGUCCGACCCAUCAAAAGAAGAACAAAAACCACCAAGCUUUGAAGGAUUGCUAGAACUCCUAGAACGAAUUGACGUAGUUAACUCAGGCGUGGAGAACGGGGUUGCUCUGGAGGCUAUGAAGGGCUUCUGGGAAGGUCGCCCGGAUUAUCGUGAAGCAGUCACAUUUGACGACUAUUUCUGGGAUACUUUGAGCGCUGAAUCUGUGUUCAUGGCCAGAAGCUUCAACGACUUUUGCUUGAAUGAGGGCAAUGGUAGAUAUGAAUCGUUGCUUGAGGACAAAAUGCCUGAGGUCACCAAAUUAGCUUUCUAUCUCCAGCGCUACAUCACCGUUCUUGUCGAGGCGAUAAAGCGUGUGGCAGCUCAGGAGCCAACAGAGGACGUGGAGGAAGAGGAUACAGUGGAGCAAGAAUUCAUCGUGGAGCAAAUGCUUCAGAUUGCGCAAACUGUCGACUAUUCGGACGAAGUCGGAAGACGGAAAAUGUUCGCCCUCCUUCGGCAAUCACUGUCAAUUCCGGACCUGCCUGAAGAAGUCACAAAACUUGCCAUUGAAGCGCUACGAGGCAUAUGUGCGCCAGAUGCUGCCGGUGAACGUGAAUUCAUCAGUGUCGUUCUUGAGUCUGUUGCAGAUGUGCACGACACAAUUAUGGAUGAGCCAGAGGCUGAGGAUGCUGAUGAGAGUUUCCAUUCCGCCAAAUCAGAGGUAAGUGAUGACGAGGCUCCUGGUGCGUCCGGCAAAGCUGGGAAAAAGAGCGUGCUUUCAGAAGAGGAAGCACAAGAGAAAGCGAUUCGCGAGAUCAUGGUCAACAUGAAAUGCUUACAUAUCGUUCAAUGUAUGCUCGAGAAUGUGGAGUGUACGCUGCAGCAGAAUGUGGAUUUAGUGGCUUGCUUGAACAAUCUCGUCGUCCCCGCGGUAAGAAGUCAUGAGGUUCCAGUCAGAGAACGCGGCCUCCUUUGCCUAGGUCUCUGCGCCCUAUUGGACAAGUCACUGGCGGAGGAGAAUCUUACGCUCUUUAUGCAUUUCUAUAGUAAAGGACAUUCAGCACUGCAGAUUACGGCUCUCCAGAUUCUCACCGACAUUCUCAACAAGCAUGGUGCUCACUUACUAGAGUCAAAUCCACUCCUUCUGAAAGUUUACUUGAAAGCACUCAAGUCAGGAAGCAAGGCACCCGAGGUUCAGGCCGCAGCUACUGUCGCAGUUGCGAAACUCAUGCUAGGAAGGGUUAUCGGAGACACAUCAACUGCAAUUGAUGACUUGCUCAAAACACUUGUCGUGCUCUACUUCGACCCUAGCUCAGCCCACAAUCAAGCUGUUCGGCAGACUUUGUCAUAUUUUCUGCCAGUAUACAGCUUCAGUCGGAAGGAAAACCAAGACCGGAUGGGGCGGGUUGCGCUGGAUGCGAUGCACAAACUUUUCGAGAUCCAGGAGACACUUGACGACGACGGAGAUGCAGAGACUGAAAUGAUUAGUAUGAGCACGAUUGGCGCUCAUCUGAUAGACUGGACAGAUCCACGAAAGUGCUACGUGCCCGGGAAUCAACUGUCUCUUGCUGAUGAAGCUAAGAAAUCUGUUAACGGUGAUGUUCAUUUGGAACUUGCAAGGGACAUGCUAGAGAGAUUGGGAUCAGGAAUCAGCAGAGAAGAGAAGAAGUCGCUGGCACCACUGCUGGCAAAACUCUACAUCUCGCCCACUUCGACUGAAUCUCUGAUUCGUGAAGUGUAUGAUGAGAUAUCAACCGCUAUCGAGGACAAGUUGAUACCCGACGCAACUGGCCGAAAUGCGCUCUUCAAAAUCCAUGUUAGCUUAGGCAAGAUAGUCAACAAUCUCACAGAACGGGAGAAGUCUGCUCCAAAAAGCAGGAAAAGUAGUGUUGCUCCGAGUGUGGAGGGAGAUGAGAAGACAGUCUUGGCAGAUGACAAUGCUGAUGAUGAGAGUCUAGCCGACAAGACUGAACUUCUCAAAGUUGAGGAGGAGGAGGAUGACGAUGGUACGGGUACGAUCAUCGCUGAUGUUGAUGCAAAAAACAUUAGAGACUCUCUGGUUGAGAGUUUACUGAGCGAUGACGGGGAUGUUGAAAUGACGGGUUGA